GUUAUAUAUAUGAUGAACAUGUUACAAGUUAACAUGUCUAUAGUCACCGCCUCAAAAGUGUUACUUUGCUAUUGUCUGUUCCCAAUAUAACUAUUUUAUUCAUUUUUUCACUAUCCUUUCUUCUUUCUCACCAAUCUAUCUAUCAGAGACCCAGACCCGGCCCCUUCACUCACUCCAAAUUCACAGUCUGCUUUUCCAUUCCUCUGCUCAUCUUCUGUUUUUCUCUGUUUUUCCAGUUACCCUUUAAAUACUUGUCCAUCUUUUUCUCCUUCCCUCCAUCUUCACCUUUUGUUUCUACCUCUUACCCUUAUAGUUAAGACUUCUUUGUCCCUAAAAUGGACUCUAACCAGUUAAAACCAUCCUCCUCAUCAUCAGAAGAUCAGAUUGACAUGAUGUUGAUGAUGAUGAUGCAACUACCUGAACUUUCUUCAUCUAACGGUAAUAACAACAUCAAUCAAUUUCCACCGUCAGAUCAACAACUCUAUGGUAAUGGUUCUACUCCUAGUUCUACUAAUACACGUCCUCUUGUAGAUUUAAUUGAUAACCCUCCUAAUCAAAUCUCUAAUUGGUCUUCAACUUCAUCAUUCACCACUCACUUACCCUCACAAUCUCCAAACACAAACACAAACACAAUCUCUUUCACUAAUAACAACAUGUUUCAACAACUACAACAAGCAUCACCAACGUUAAUGUUUUCGAAUUCGAACAACGAUGUUGUUGUUACGAAUACGAAUCAUUACGUUGGUGGUGCAGCAUCAGCGUCGCCAUCAGAGAAACGAAACUCGAUGGCGGCGAUGAGGGAGAUGAUAUUCAGAAUAGCAGCUAUGCAACCAAUUUACAUUGAUCCAGAAUCAGUUAAACCACCAAAGAGAAGAAACGUGAAGAUAUCAAAAGAUCCUCAGAGUAUAGCAGCUAGACAUAGAAGAGAAAGAAUAAGCGAGAAAAUAAGGAUAUUACAGAGAAUGGUACCAGGUGGAACUAAAAUGGAUACUGCAUCAAUGUUAGAUGAAGCUGUUCAUUAUGUUAAGUUUCUUAAGACACAACUUAAGUCACUUCAGGAACGUGCUUCUGUAGCCAACAGUAACAGAACAGUUGCAGGUUCUGGAAUAGGGUUCCCUGUUUCAUUGCCUAAGCCUUAUCAAGGUCGUAAUGUUGAUCAUUAUGCAUGA